AUGUUGUCUCUAUUCACUUUGGCAGCAACGGUGGCUGUGGCCUUUUCGGCGAAUGAGAUCAAAGACACGAUCAGCGACGUUACCAGUACCAAGGGAGGCGCCGAAUGGUGUCCAGUGUUCGGGGGAACACAGUGCCCAUCAAGCUCCUUCGUGCACUACUACAAUUGCUGUGGCACUCUGAACAAGGAUUGUUGCUUUGCACUUCAGACAUGGGUGAUCGUUGUUUUGGCGUUGAUCGGCGUGAUCGCUCUCGCCUCUCUCGUCCUCUCGCUCAUUCGAUGUGUUUUCUGCAGACGU